AUGCUGCAGCAACUAUUCAGACAUGGAAUCCGCUAUCCUACGUGCGCUGCAGAGUAUACUUAUGAUGAGCAUGUUCCGAUGUUACAACGUUAUCUGAAUUUGCGUUGGCCCGGCAAGUACAGAAUAUCUGUGUUUGGAGAACAUGGAAAAUUGCGCCCAUUAUGGAAAGGAACGGAAAGGGCAGAACAUGAAAUUGCUUUAUACUUAAAAGAAGGACAUUAUUAUGGAAUCAGAAAUGUUAAUGCACUUUUUGGAUCGUAUUAUUGUAUUGACUGUGAGGCUCCUUAUACUAAGAAAAUUGAUCAUCGAAAAAAAUGCAUCGCUAAAUGCCCUCGAUGUUGUGGGAUGGGUUUUGGAUUUCCAUGCAAAGUGCUUGAAGACUUUUCUAAAAAAUGUUUACAGUGUUUAAAUAUAUUUAAAAAUCCUGAAUGCUAUAAAAGACACAUAGAGAAAGGAAUCUGCAAGAUCUUUAAACGGUAUUUUAAACAGUAUAAAUUUAUAACUAACUUUUUAGCUGUGAGGAAUGCGGGCAUGUCUAUCGUGUUAAAAAAGUUAAAUCAAAAGAAUCUGAAAGCGAAUCCACAGAUGAGGAUGUUGAAAAAGACAACGGUCAUACAUGUUUUAUUCAGUUUUGUUCUCUAUGUCUUUCAAAGCACAAGAUCGAAGAACAAUGUUAUGUGCAACCAAUUGUUCCAAAACAUGAUCAAGAAUAUUUAUUGGUAUUUAUUUUUAAAUUUUAACAAUAAAUAG